AUCGGCUCCAGUAGAAGUGAGCGCGCGGAGAGACGAGAACACAGAGCCCACUCAGGAAAUGCUUUAGGAAACACAUCUGAACGCGUUUUAGAAACCCGAUUUAUGACAAUGUCGAAGGAUCUUGUUGUCCAGUUUGGUGUGUUUCACGCCUUACUGUUCCCAGGAGUCUUUGGUUUUGUUCCUUCUCCAACAAACGUCAGUGUUGUUUGUCACAAUUUUGUGAAUGUCCUCUUCUGGAACUACAGUAACCCAACUGAACAGCUGAAAUUUGGCGUAAAGGUUGAACCUUAUGAAAGUGCUUCCCAAACAGUUGACACCCCUCAGACGUACCUUGAUAUCAGCAGCUACAGCAGAGAUGCGGAUGACGAUUACUUUGUGUUCGUGACGGCACAUGAUGGGCAAGAGAAAUCAGAAAACGUCUCCAUUAGAUUCACCUACAGCAAAGACUAUUUUGAUGAGAAAAAACAUAAAUAUAAAUGCUCUUUGGACUUUCCAGCUGUAAAUACAUCUGUCCACAAAGAUGUGAUUGAAGUGUCCUUUCAGCACCCGUUCAUGCUUCAUAAGCAAGACAUACUGAAUGAAGAAUUUAUGUACACAGUCACACAUGAUGAGCAAAAGGUUUUAUACUCAUGUUUUGAGGAUGAGGAGCUGUGCACUGCAGAAAUCCACUUCAACCAAAGCACAGCUGGACAGUGUGUUGAGCUGAAGCUUGAAGGGAUGAUUGCUGGUAUUCCUUCAUAUACCUACAGAAAUGUUUGUGUCCCUCAGCAGACGCCUGAGACCGACAAAACGGGACUAAUCGCAGCUUUGCUAGGCGGAGGGACCAUUGUGCUCUUCAUUAUCAUGGGCUUUGUGUGGCUGCUUUGGAGGAAGUUGUCCAAAAUCCCCAUAAUUCCUGAAUUUUUGCAGAACAUUUUACCUGGCCAAUCUCCUACAACCCAACCAGAGCCGAACGCUAUUUCCCAAAUGACACCUCAGGGACACACACCCCUACUGACAGAUGAGAUUUUUAGCUAUGGUUCUCCCUCCAUUUCCCCAACUGAGAAAGACUGCAAAGUAAAUGCUAUCCUUGAUGACACAGUAGUGGUUCUAACUGAGGUUUCUGAAGUGGACAUGGAUUGUGAAGACUCUGAAGGCUUUGGCAGGUCGUCUGACUAUGACAGUCCCAAAUUCCUGCAGGAGAUGAGUCCAGGGGACAUUACUGAGGGAUACGGCCCUCGACCACCAGUGAUUUAGGUCUGAACCUGUGUAAGAACGACACUUGUUCACACCAAGUCAUUGUAAUCAAUUUUGGUCCAUUAACAAUUUCACACACUGAUCAUUUGAAAGACUUUUUUUUGCCAUUAUUUUGUGUUCUCUGUCAUCGC